UUACAUCUUUUUAUAAGAAGCAUUAUAAAUCAAAUCAUAUUCACAUCCACGUAUUCCAAUCCGCCUCCCCCAAUUUUUAUUUAUAAUAUAAACUUAUUAAACCGAAAAUCUCCAUGCAGAUAAUUGGAUUAAUUAUUUGAAACAUAUUUCUAAUAAUAAUAAAAAAAAUAAAAAAAUAAAAAAAAUAUGAGAAAUUCCACCACCACCAUAGUUCUUUUGUGCUUCUUCUUGAUUUUCUGCACACUCUCUUCUUGCUCAGCAGCUACACUACUUCCCAAGAAGCAGCAGCUCCACCCAGAUGAAGUGAGGGCAUUGAAGGAAAUAGGGAAGAAAAUGGGGAAAAAAGACUGGGAUUUUAACAAAGAUCCAUGCAGUGGUGAAGGGAAUUGGAGUUUGCCAAUUACAAGAAAGGGUUUUGAGAGCUCCGUUACUUGUGAUUGCUCCUUUGAUCUCAAUUCCACUUGCCAUAUUGUUACUAUAGCUUUGAAAGCACAGAAUUUAACGGGAGUCGUUCCACCCGAAUUUGCCAAACUCCGCCAUCUUCAACAUUUGGAUCUUAGUCGAAACUACCUUAAUGGUUCAAUACCUCUUCAAUGGGCUAAAAUGAGCUUGCUUGACGUGUCUCUUAUGGGAAAUAGAUUAUCGGGUCCGUUUCCGAAAGUUAUUACCAGAAUUACCACACUUGUGAACCUGAGCCUCGAGGGAAACCAAUUUUCGGGACCAAUCCCUUCAGAUAUCGGGUUCUUGGUCAACGUACAAAAACUUGUUUUGUCGUCAAAUGCAUUCACCGGAGAUUUACCGGUUGCGUUUUCCAAUUUGACCGCGUUAACUGAUUUGAGGAUAAGCGACAAUAACUUUACAGGAAAGAUUCCAGAUUUCAUUAGCAGCUGGAAACAAAUCGAAAAACUGCACAUGCAAGGUUGUUCUCUUAAGGGUCCGAUCCCUUCUUCGAUAUCUUCUCUGACAAGCUUAACUGACUUGAGGAUCAGCGAUUUAACUGACGGAGGAUCGACUUUUCCACCACUAAGUGAUAUGAAGUCAAUUAAAGUGCUGAUACUGAGGAGUUGCUUAAUAGAAGGAGGCAUGCCCGAAUAUAUCGGAAACAUGAAGAAAUUGAAGAAUCUGGACCUUAGCUUUAAUAAUUUGACUGGAGUGAUUCCUGAUUCGUUUGUCCAUCUUGCAAAAGUCGAUUUUUUGUAUCUGACGAGAAAUAAACUUACCGGACAAAUUCCAGGGUGGCUUUUAGAACGAAACAAGAAUGCAGAUAUCUCUUAUAACAAUUUCACGUCAGAAAGCUCAUCGGCAAACGAAUGCACAAUCGGGAGUGUGAACUUGGUGGAGAGCUACUCAUCGGCAGCUAAUAAACCAGGUAAAGAAGUCCACGGAUGCAUGAAGCAAGACUAUCCAUGUCAAAAUCCGAAAGAUAACCAGCAUUACUCGUUGCACAUAAACUGUGGAGGAAAGUCAGUAAACACGACAAAUAGUACAACAAAAUACGAAGCUGAUUUAGAAGCGAGAGGCGCUUCGAUGUACUACCAGGGGCAAAACUGGGCAUUUAGCAGCACCGGCAAUUUCUUGGACAACGACCUCGAUUCCGACAACUACAUCGAGACAACAAACAUUUCCGCACUGUACAAUGUCACUGCACCAGAAUCCGAACUGUACAGAACCGCCCGCGUUUCUCCACUCUCCCUCACUUAUUACGGACUCUGUCUCCUCAACGGCAACUACUCCGUCAAACUCCAUUUCGCGGAGAUUGUUUUUUCGAACGAUCGUACGUUCAACAGCCUUGGCAGGCGUAUAUUCGACGUCUACUUGCAGGGAAAGUUGGUUUUGAAGGAUUUCAACAUUGCUGAGGUGGCGGGUGGGCCCGGUAAGCCGAUUGUGAAGAGCUUCAACGUGACGGUAACAAGCCAUACAUUGAAGAUACAUCUUUACUGGGCAGGAAAAGGGACAACCGGCAUUCCACUUCGAGGAACUUACGGCCCUCUUAUAUCAGCGAUAUCGGUUGAUCCUAAUUUUAAACCACCGGUUCCGGUUCAUCACAAAAAGAUUAGUACAGUAAUGAUGGCUGGGACGAUAGCAGGAGCCGUUUGUUUCGUCACUCUGAUUCUCGGUAUCUUGCGUAAGAAAGGCUGUCUUGGUGGCAAAUCUUCCACCGAUAAAGAGCUUCGAGGCCUCGAUCUACAAACGGGUCUGUUCACAUUAAAACAGAUCAAAUCUGCAACGAAGAACUUCGAUCCAGCAAACAAGAUUGGCGAGGGUGGUUUUGGUACCGUUUAUAAGGGUGUCUUAUCAGAUGGAACCGUAAUAGCAGUGAAGCAGCUUUCGGCAAAGUCUAAACAAGGAACGAGGGAAUUUGUUAAUGAAAUAGGAAUGAUAUCGGCACUACAACACCCGAAUUUAGUAAAGCUUUAUGGAUGUUGUGUCGAAGGAAAUCACUUAAUGCUAAUCUACGAGUACAUGGAAAACAAUUGUAUAUCUCGCGCUCUUUUCGGAAAAGACGCGUCACAAAAAGUGAAGUUGAACUGGCCCACGAGGAAGAACAUUUGCCUCGGCAUUGCAAAAGGUUUAGCUUACCUCCACGAAGAGUCGAGGCUUAAAAUAGUCCAUCGAGAUAUUAAGACGAGUAAUAUUUUGCUGGACAAAGAUUUGAAAGCUAAAAUAGCCGAUUUUGGACUCGCGAAGCUUCACGAGGAUGGUAAAACCCACAUUAGUACUCGGAUUGCUGGUACUAUAGGUUAUAUGGCACCAGAAUAUGCGAUGCGCGGUUACCUAACUAGCAAAGCAGACGUAUACAGCUUCGGCGUGGUCGCACUCGAAAUAGUCAGUGGUAAAAGCAACACAAACUAUAGGCCAAUCGAAGACUUCGUCUACCUUCUUGAUCAGGCUUAUGUACUUCAAGAAAGGGGUAGUGUACUGGAGUUAGUGGACCCGGAUAUGGGGUCCGCAUACUCAUCAGACGAGGCGAUGGUUGUACUAAACGUUGCCCUAUUGUGCACAAAUGCGGCCCCCACACUAAGGCCGACGAUGAGUCAGGUUGUGAGCAUGCUCGAAGGAAAAACGGCAGUUCAAGACUUGCUUUCCGAUCCUGGAUUUUCGGCUGCCGAUUCUAAGUACAAGGCUAUAAGGAACCACUUUUGGCAGAAUCCUAGUGCAAGUCAUAGCGUGUCGACUAAUGGUACAUACUCGUAUUCGUCGCUUUCUAAUGCUGAUAGGGACGAAAACGAGAUAAUAGCUCAAAGAACUGAUCAAAACGCGUCUAUUCAGUGAAAAACGAUAAGUAUUAUUUUUAUCAUUAUUAAUUUGUUAACCAAGAAAAAUGUACAUAUAGUCUUCUUAGAACAAAGUUUGUGCAUCAUGGCAUAUGAGGAGUGUACUCAAACAUUUGCAGGGGUCUCAAAUUAGCAGGACAAAUAAUACUAAUAUUUAUUUUAGAUGGGUUUAAA